CCUGGCCCGCGCUGGGAUGUGCAGGAUGUGCUCACUCUCUGAACCGCGGCCCCUACACCUAACGUAGUUGGAUGGCCUCACCGACAGCCCGACUGGAACAACCCACAGGAGGCACCUUUCUCUGCCGCACCUAAGAGAGAGAGAGAGGGAGAGGCGAUGACCUGAGCGCCAUGAACUUGGAAGGGCUUGAAAUGAUAGCAGUCUUGGUGGUGAUUGUACUGUUUGUUAAAGUGUUGGAGCAGUUCGGUCUGCUGGAAGCAACUGUUGAAGACAGUGUUGAAGAUGAAAUGGAAAUGGCUACUGUCUGCCAUCGCCCUGAGGGGCUGGAACAGAUGCAGGCACAAACUAAAUUCACAAAGAAGGAGCUUCAGAUCCUGUACAGGGGGUUUAAAAAUGAAUGUCCCAGUGGGAUAGUCAAUGAAGAUACAUUCAAAGACAUUUACGCGCAGUUUUUCCCCAGGGAGGAAGUUACCUAUCUUUCUAUUUCAGAUGCAUCUACAUAUGCUCACUUUCUGUUCAAUGCAUUUGACACAGAUCACAAUGGUUCAGUGAGUUUUGAGGACUUUGUCACAGGUCUUUCUGUUUUACUUCGUGGGACGAUACAAGACAAACUGAAAUGGGCUUUCAAUCUCUAUGACAUUAAUAAGGAUGGAUAUAUAACUAAAGAGGAGAUGCUGGACAUUAUGAAAUCGAUCUAUGACAUGAUGGGAAAAUACACGUAUCCUGUUCUCAGAGAUGAAAUUCCAAGACAGCACGUGGAAAUCUUUUUCCAGAAAAUGGAUAAAAAUAAAGAUGGAGUGGUUACCAUUGAUGAGUUCAUCGAAACCUGCCAAAAAGACGAGAAUAUCAUGAAAUCCAUGCAACUCUUUGAAAACGUCAUUUAACAACAGCAGCGAUCAAGCACUUUAAGGGGCAUCUUCAAACAUUCUGAACAAACAAAUGAAUGGCGACCGUAAACAGUGGAGACACCAGGGCUAUUGUACCUGAGCUCAGCGGGCACGCUGAGUUAUGUAUUAUGCGAGUGAGCUUUGUUCAGUUGUAAAUAUUUCGACUUGUUUAUUUUGAGUUUAUACACACAUCUGCAUCAUGACAUGAAGAACAUUUUAUUCAGAAUCUCUGCGUUAGUUGGUCAUGUAAAAUGCAUGCUUUCUAAGUAAACAUCUGAAAACAAGAAGCCCUCUUGGAAAUAAUAAAAGCUGGCUAAUGUCACCAUGGUGACUUUGCUUUUGAUCAUAUGGGCGAAAAGCAGAUUUCAUAGAUGUGUACAUAUGUGUGUGUGGCUAUGUAGUACGGCCCUCCUGAUUUGCAGUAGACUCUUUGGCAAAUUGAAAUAAGCAGCACUCUAACCAAACAUGAUUCAAUAAUCCAUUUAAGUGAGAUUUUAUUCACAGGGCAAUGUGAAAGGGGACAAACAACAACUGUACAUAUUACAUACUGUCCAUUUGUACAUCACAAUUUCUUAACUAGAAUAACACAGCACCUUUUUUGUUGGCAAGAAAGCAGUCCCACGACUACUUCAGGUAUACAAGUAGAAUCCUAAAGGCACGUACAUGCUGAUCUGCUGUGACUUAUUUAUAAUGCAAGACUCGAGGAGUAGCACAGUCCAUGUACAUCUGAGAUUUACAAUAGUCUUUGUGUAUUAAUAGGUGUACAUUUUGUAAAAAAAAUAAAGAGAAAGUUUAUCAGAGGA